AUGUCUAACCAGCAAGUGGGUGCGGUGUUCGAGAAGGUCAUCCAGGAGGUCUGUGAUGCCUCCCAGGUCGACUUUGAAGAAAGCGGUGUUGACCAGCAAACUCUGCAUGAUCUGCGUGAGACCUGGCAACAUAAGCUUUCCUCUGUGAAUGUCGCCCAUUUCCCAUGGGAUCCCACCCCGCAGCAGCCUACUCCUCAGAAUUCUGUUCCCCUCCCCACGGCUACCGUCCCAUCCAAUGCUCCCCGACCGACCCCCCAGCCCCAAUAUGUCCAUCCGCCUGUGUCAAUUCCCCAAGCUGCUCCCUCGCACACCUUGCACAUGGGUGGACCUCGCAUCAAGACCGAGCCAGGAUCCAAUGGCCAGUCUGGAAUGCCACAAAUGACCUCACCUAUGCCCCCACAUGGACUUAAUCCCCAAUCAGCUCGCGACCGUGCUGCGAAUGCCCUCCACCAAAAGUACGGGGCCGCAGCCGCGAACUCGGUUCACCAAAUGCAAGCUCAGGCUCAAGCCGGACACGCAUAUCCGCAAAUGCACCCUAAUGCCCACGGACAGAUGCCACAGAUCAAACAAGAACAGAGCUAUCCGCAUAUGGGUCCCGGACAAACCGACGGUGGAGGCGACCCUUUGACCGACUGGAAGGCGGAGGUCGCUCGCCGCAGAGCAGCUGCCGAGAGUGGAGAGGGUGACCGACUUCUUCGUGAACAUCUCAAGCAGCGCAUGUCCCAGUAUGAGGCCGGUGGUCUCCUUCGUCCCUUGGCUGAACAUGAGUCCUCUUCCAAGGUCGCGCGGCGUGCAGCCCUCACCGCGCCUCUCACUCAAAAUACCACCACGGAAUCAACUUCCUCUGUUCCUCGUAUCACUGGCCAGUUCGAUGGUGCAGAUGGCGAUGUCAAGGAAGAAGACGAAGAUGCUAUUAACUCAGACCUCGAUGAUCCCGAUGACCUCGUCGCUGAUGACCACGAUGCGGACGAAUCGGAGGGUCAGGUCAUGCUUUGCACAUACGACAAAGUCCAGCGAGUGAAGAACAAGUGGAAGUGCACCUUGAAGGACGGCAUCCUGACCACUGGUGGCAAAGAAUAUGUCUUCCACAAGGGUCAAGGCGAGUUUGAAUGGUAG